GGCCAGUUAAUAUAUUGUAACUCUAUGAUCAGGAGAAAUGUUUAGAAAUUAAAGAUGAAAUUGAAAAGUAUAGCUAUUAAUUACAUUAUAAAAAAAUCAUAUAAAUGCAAUGGUGAAAUAACAUUGCUUUACUAAAUUGAAACUUGUAUUGAAUAGAAAAACAACCAAAAGUUACUAAGUAUUCUUCAGGUUCUAAACAUUCAGCCAGACUCGAGUGGUCUUGCAGCCAUGUCGAGCAUCAAGCAGGUGAUCAAUGAGGCAGUGGAGAAAGACUACACGGCCGAGCAGCGCGAGAUCCUCAACCCGUACUCAAAGAAAGGCCUUCUGCCUGAGCAAGUCCGCCAGCCCAACCCCAUCCGGCUGCGGGACCUCAUCCGCCAGAUCAGAUCUGCCAAAACAGCGGCCGAGGAGCGCUCGGUCGUCAACAAGGAAUGCGCCGCCAUACGCCUCACCUUCAGAGAAGAGGACUCUGUCUGGCGCUGCAGAAAUGUUGCUAAGCUUCUCUAUAUCCACAUGCUUGGGUACCCAGCUCACUUCGGCCAGAUGGAGUGCUUGAAGCUGAUCGCAUCGCCGCGCUUCACAGACAAGAGGAUUGGAUAUUUGGGCGCCAUGCUGCUGCUCGACGAGCGUCAAGACGUCCAUCUUCUCAUCACUAAUUCCCUUAAAAACGACCUGAAGUCGCCGACGCAGUUCGUGCAGGGGCUGGCGCUGUGCACGCUAGCGGCGAUCGCGUCACCGGAGAUGGCGCGCGAUCUAGCGGACGAGGUGGAGCGGCUGCUCAAGUCCUCCAACGCCUACAUCAGGAAGAAGGCGGCCAUCUGCGCCGUCAGGAUCAUGUCCAAAGUCCCUGAGCUGCUCGAGAUGUUCCUUCCAGCCACCAGAAACUUGCUCUCCGAGAAAAACCAUGGCGUCCUCAUCACGGGCAUCACGCUCAUCACCAGCAUGUGCGUCCAGUCCCCCGACACGCUCGAUCACUUCAAGAAGACCGUGGGUAACCUGGUGCGCAUCCUCAAGAACCUCGUGAUGGCGGGGUACUCUCCUGAGCACGACGUGCAGGGCGUCUCUGACCCCUUCCUUCAGGUGAAGGUUCUGAAGCUGCUACGCAUCUUGGGUCGCGGUGACGGCCAAGCCUCAGAGACGAUGAACGACAUCCUAGCCCAGGUCGCCACUAACACUGAAGCCACCAAGAACGUCGGUAACGCUAUCCUUUACGAGACUGUACUAUCCAUCAUGGAUAUCCAGAGCGAGACUGGCUUACGUGUGCUGGCCGUCAACAUUUUGGGCAGAUUCCUGCUGAACGUUGACAAGAAUAUCAAAUAUGUAGCACUGCACACACUGUUGAAGGUAGUGCAUCAGGACAACCAGGCCGUGCAGCGGCACCGCACCACCAUACUCGAGUGUCUCAAAGACGCCGACAUCACCAUCAGGAGACGUGCCAUGGAGCUCUGCUUUGCCCUCAUCAACCCCAGCAACGUGCGCACUAUGAUGAAAGAACUUAUUAGUUUUCUCGAGACGGCUGAGACAGAAUUCAAGGCUGUUUGUUCCUCCAAGUGCGUCACGGCAGCGGAACAAUUCUCCCCCAACACGCGCUGGCACAUUGACACUUUGCUCAAAGUCAUCAUCGCUGCGGGCAAUAGUGUCCCAGACGACGUGGUCGCUUGCACCAUCCAGCUGAUCGCGGAGAGCGGUGAGGCGGAGCAACAGUACGCUGUGGCAGAGCUGUGGCAGCGCCUCUCUGCAGCACCUCUGGACACCCAGCCACUACUGCAGGUCGCCACGUGGGUGUGUGGCGAGUUUGCCAACUUCCUCAGCUUAGUAGGUGGAGGAGUGAGUGAGGGCGAGGUGGUUGCCGUGUAUCAGAGGAUACUGUGGUCGUCGCAGUGCUCGGCCGUGACCAAGCAAUACGCCAUCACCUCCAGCAUGAAGCUUGCCAGCAGGAUGCCUGGAACGAACUCGCUGGUAGCACAGAUGGUUAGUGCCUAUGGCUCUCACCUGAACGUCGAGCUACAACAGAGAGGAGUAGAAUACACGCAGCUUUUCACCAGAUACGACUCGAUGCGUGGCCCUCUGCUGGAGCGCAUGCCGCCCUUCGAGCGUUCCAGAUUACGUGUGUCACAGGACGCGGCUGCUGCUAAUGCUGCUGCAGCAGCGGCCGCUGCACCGCUCGCUAACGGCCUACACAACAACAAUAACAACGACGCUGUUGCUGCGGUUCAAGCGCCCUCCCAGAGCGAUUCUAAUGCACUUCUGGACCUCCUGGGUGGCUUAGACGAUUCUGCAAACGAUGUUCCUGUGCAAGUAAAGUCUGCGCCGCUCCCUCCCGCCGGAACUGGGUCCCUCAAUUCCGAUAUUCUGGAUUUGUUAGGAGGCCUUGGAGGAGGUGGUGGUGGUGACAGUGGAGGAACUCUCAUUAGUAGAACUGUCAAUAACGGGGGGAUUUUGGACACUGGCCUCGGUAGUGCUAGUAAUAACCUUUUGGAUGAUUUAUUAAAUAAUUCUUCAUCUAACUUGAACAAUUCUACACUCGCAAACAACACCAUCAACUCGACCAAUUCCCUUCCCGUCUCCACCCUGCCUUCCUCAGACGAGUACGGGAGCCUGACAAUAUACGAGCGCAAUAAUUUGCGCCUUGUGAUGACGUUUCAAAGACAAGAUUCGCUGACAACCAUAACACUCACGGCCACCAACAGCUCUACUUCCUGCAAUAUCACUGACUUUCUCUUCCAGGCCGCCGUGCCAAAGAGCCUUCAGCUGCAGCUUCUGACUCCCAGCAGCACAAGUCUAGCGCCUGCUGCGUCGCUCACGCAGUUCAUCAGAGUCAAUAACCCCAACAAGGCUGUUCUCCGCAUGAAAUUACGAUUGUCGUGGUUUGCCGAUGGAGUGAAAAUCGAAGACCAGAAUGAAGUGAACAACUUCCCUCCGGCGCUGUGGCAGUACUGACACUCCAUCUCACAAUUCCCUGCGUCGGCAACUCUCGUCCGAUAAGUCCACUCUCCACCUCGCAAUCUUCAGUCAAAAGACAGACUGCGAGACGAAGUCUUCAGAAAAUAUAUGCGGUUAUAUUAUCGGUAACGUUUAGCUAGUAUACUAAAUCGCGAGUUUAUUGUCACUGGUACUUGUGUAAAUUGAUAUAAUUUUCUGGGCCAAUCUUAAAUUUUGAAACUGGUGCGGUUCCUUAUUUCUUUGUUAUUGAUUAAAUAUUUACCUCGGGGCAGGAUAUCCUGUUGAAAUAUCAGAUUUUUUAAGUGAUGAAUGUUCAUCUGAACGAGGCUGGUGUGACGCGGAAGUUUCAACAUAAAAGGCACGAAAGAACAGUUUUGUGGCUACCUUCAUGAUCAGAAAACCAGACGCUGCAUCGUUCCUUGCUCUAUUUUAAGAAACUUGAUUUACGCUCUCCUUCCCUAUUUUUUUUAUUCUGUUUGCCAUCGAGCAUAGAUUAUUAAAAAAAAAUGCUGCAACCUCCAGUUAACUGGAUACGUUAUUUGUUUGGUCUCUAAAAGAAUUGAAGAAAUUGCAUGGUCCAUCCUUAUAACUGUACGCUGCGAUCUUAAAUUAGAUUGAGUUUUUAAUUUAUUCUGACGCAUUUGCCUUGCUUUUUUCUUCUUUGGAGGUAAUCUACUCUGUGGCUAUUCCGUAUUUCAGUCUGGUCAAUUUAACCAACUUUAGUUUUUUUCAUUUCGAUUUGAAAGCUUAUAGUUACUUAAGAGCCUAGUACACUGUUAAUUUCACCUACAAAGUUCUAAGUUUUACUCUGGUUUUUAAGCUGCUGCAAAGAAUGACAAUAAAUUGUGUACCUACAAUUCUCAAUUAAAUCAAUUAUUAAAUUUAUAAAAAUUGUGCUUGCAGGUUUACAUAAAUAUUUUCGUUCCUUUAGCUCGGUAGUUUCAACGAGACUGAAGAUUAAGUCUUAACAUUCGUACUUAGUGCAGAAAAAAUGCGCUAAAGCUCGUCUAAUGUAUACUAAGAAGCUUGGGAUGUACCUACUGUGGGAUAGUUUCUUUGCGGGAGCCUUUCUCUAAGUAACAAGUUGUGCACGGUUGUGAUAACAGCAACUUUCUUGUAUUAUGAUGUACAGUGAAUAUAUUCACGCGAAGUGAGUAGUUGAUGAAUCAAUUAUUCAUUUCUCCGAUGUCAAUAGAAUUUGCUUUGUAUUUGUAUUUCCGGUAGUUCUUCAAACUCGGCUCGUGAUUUGUUACCCAUCGCUCACAGUGUGAUGUUUUAGCUUUUACAUUUUCUAGCAGGCGCGGGUAAAAAAUUAUCGGCGUUAAUUAUCUAACGAAGAGAAUUUAACCAAAUUUUUAUGUCACCUCAAAACCAGUGAGAAUGUGUAAAUUAAUCGGUUGGUGAUCCUCGAAAUCUGAUGCUUCUUGAUGACGCUUGAGUGCAAUCUUUUCUCCUUUAAGAAACCUUCAAUUUAUCAGCCGAUCUAUCUUCUGAACCCCGUCCGUACAUUUACUAAAGUAGCCAUUUUCUGGGUGAUUGAAUUAUAUAUGCUAAUAUUUCAAGAGCGACUUCCAUGUUAUACUAUACUAUUAUGCUAUAUUCCCUUCCUCAUAUUUCUUGUAAUUAAUUCCAUGAGCCUUUGUAUAUCGGUCAUGUGCCUUGCGGCCACUAUGAUGUCAACUGGGACUAUCUACCGUUAAUAUUUUUCUCUUCUUCUUAAAUGAUCAUCAAGACUAAGUAAUUACUACUUCGUUAAUCAAUAGAUGAGUAACGACGACCAUGUCCCAGUGCGAUAUAAAUCUUUUAAUCUAAGCAUACUGAAGUGUGCGAGCAAGAAUAGCCCCAUCAGCGUUCAAGUAUCUAUGUUGGAAGAUCUUUUUGUUUAUUAGUCGAGGUAUCUAACAACAUCCUUGUAAUCUCUGUAGUGCCGCUCAGGUAUUUUUAAAAAUAUGUUAUCUUAUUUUACUUGGGUGAACAAUUCAUAUUUUUUAUUGCUUGGUUACACAUGUUUUUGUUCUAGAAAGCUGCGUCGUUUGCGCUCUCAAGCUCCUGUUUAUUCAUAGACGAGUCAGUCUAUUCUUAUUGGCAAAUACCAAUUACUGAACUUGCGGUGAGUUACAGUUUGAGGUAUCGAAUUAAGAUCCCUAAUAUCGAAUUGGAUGCGGUUUGAAUUAGGUUUGCUCUCAAGUUUUUAUAAAAAAAAAUGAAACAAUUGAACCGACAGUUUUUCUUGGAUCAUGCAUAUUACUGCUGGUUAGGACGAGAUGAUAUUUCAGCGUCGAGUAAAUAUCCAAUUGAAAGUUUCUUGUUUAAUGAAAAGGUGUCAAGCUUUUGUUAGAAGUGUAAGAUGCAUUCAGUACACUUCGUUAUUCAGACCUUGUGGCUACGAUACCUAGCUCGCGCUGUACGUCUCAACACACCAUUUCACAUUAAUAAUAUUGUAAAUCAGGAAUAGAAGAACCCAACCUUCGUUAACUUUAAUGCUCCGUGCGCAUUAUUUCUGUAACCACAAGCCGCAUUGUCUCCACUGGAAGGCCCGUCCACGCUGUCUAAUAUUACUAUUACAUUUAUGAUUGUUGCCCGCAAUUUUAACGCAGGCUUCCAUUGAGCGCGUAGAUUCUGCCUGGUGUGGACGUGUAGCAUUGCCGUAGGGCGUUAGGAAGGAUAUUGGGAAUGCGCUGUGAAUCUUGAACUUAACCCAGUCUUGGUCUACUUGGAUAAAUCGUGGCAAUAACAUAUUGAUGGGAAAGGAAGGAGCCAGGAUGAUUACCGUCAAGGUAAUCACUAGAAGAAUGUCAGUCUAUGAAAGGCUUAUGUGCGCGGUUUGUGUUCUCACCUGAGACGAGCAAAUGCUUCUGACAUCAGCUACGCUUCUUCAUUGUUGUACAUAUUUUAUGUUGAUGUAUUCCAGUUCGCCUUAGCUUUUGGUGUAUAUAAUAGAUUGAAUCAAAUUGCUGUAUUUAGUAAGCUGUCACAGCCUGGGGGUUAUCAAUACCUGUGAACAUAGCCGGAUCCAUUCUGAAAUGGUGCCGAGUCUUUUCUUAGCAGCUUAUCGUUCUGUGCAAUUCGAAUUAUUACAAAUUAAUUAUUUGCAAUUUUUUUAGCUCUCCUGGCAGAAAGGUCCAUCUCGCAAAAUUUCAUGUUCCGAUUCAAUACAGCAGAAACGUGCUUUCUGUUCAUUUUUGAACUUUUAAGAUCCAGAUUGUUAUAUUAAAACUAUAUUCCUUAUUUAAAGCACAUGAUUCUGACCAGAUGUCUUAUUAAUGCAUUUAUCGCGAUCCGCUUCUGUUUCGUUGCUUAUUUUACUCCUAGCUUCUCCUUGGUGACUAGUGUUCUUGUUUCUUCUUCUUAAUCAAUGAAAUGAAACGGUUUGUCAACCCCUCAUAAUCAUGUUAAAUAAUAGAUUGGACUUCCUAUAGCUGUGCUUGUACGAUUUUCUACAAAACCAAACUACUUGUAAACCGAUUGAAUCGUUGCUAAUUUUCAAUAAAUAAUUAAUAAGCGCUGUUCGUGGAAUGCAUCUUGGUCCCGAAAAUAUCAAUUGAUAUAAAUCGUAUUUUAAAUUUCCAUGUCUUGUGCCAUUUGUUGACGUUUUCUUUUCAGAUUAUCUACUAUAAAUAUAUUAGAGUUUCAAGCCAAUUGACUCCACGAACGUCAGCCUGCGUAUCUUCGCAUGCGCGUAUGACGUUGCUUUGUGUCUAAAUUACUCGGAGGAUUUUCCUUUUUCGAGCCUCCGGAGUAUUGAUUGGUUUCCCCUACAUCGACUUCUACAAUGUUGAUAGGAAGAGAGUUUUGAUUAAAUCUACGGUUCACAAUUUAUUAUUAAUUGUGCAUUCGGGCUAGAUCAGAAUUUUUUGUGUACAGUUGAAUGCUAUAACAUUUUGAAAUUUAUAAAUGCAACAUUGCAAAAAUGAAUAUUGAUUAACGAUAAAUUAUAGUUCAUCUGUUUUUAAUUACAAAUUAUAAUUGGAGAUAAAACCUUGCCAUAUUAGCGGGCUUCACGAAGCAUUUUGGGCGUUUCAUAAAGUUUUAAAUUCACGUUGAUGAAGAGUAUCUUUUUAUGCUAUGUUUAAGUUUAAUGCCUGUAACAAGAUGAUAUAGUGCUCAGCUGACAUGCGAGAAAGAUGUCACUUCAUACCCCAAACACGAAAUGUUCCAUACUCGUUUUGGCCAGGUUUGAGUGGUGAAGGUAGUAAAUUUAGCAGCCUUUCAAACCGACGGUUAUUCUUAUUUGAAGACUAAUUGGCAGGAUUAUAUAUGAUAUUUUUAUUAUUUAUUCGUUGUAGUUUUGUUAACUGGGGAACCUGACCCUAGUCUUGUGGGCUUGCAUGUAAGUUAAAGUUACUUGUUGACAGCAAUGCGUCAUAAAUCUUAGUGAAAUGUCAUUCCAAAUCUGGUGUUGCUGCUCACCACUUCAAAUCUGCUGAACGUUAUUGCAAAUACCAAUGAUAAUGAAAUGUGUGACUUGAA